AUGCCAGUCCCCGGGCAAAAAAUCGAUCAAUCACAGGAGAGCGGCUUGGAACUGCUACCAGAUGUUUUUGGCGAGAAGCUGCCGAGGCUGAAAACUUUGCGUCUCUCGCAGAACCGGCUGCGCUUGUUGCCCCGGAGCUUUGGAGAGCUGCGAAAAUUGCAAGCUCUUCAGGCUGAGGGUAACCGUCUGUCCCAUUUGCCAGAUUUCACCUCUUUGAGUUCACUGACGGACUUACAGCUCGAAGAGAAUCAACUUGAGGCUCUUCCAGAGACCUUCGGCCAGCUGGCCGCGUUACAGCGCUUAUCCUUGGACUUCAACUUGCUGCGCAGCCUGCCAGAAAACUUUGGUCGCCUGCGGUCGUUGCAGAAGCUCCGCCUAGUAAAGAAUCUGCUGGAAAGUCUUCCGCAAAGCUUCGGAGGCCUCAGCAGUUUAAAGGACCUGUGGCUCACCGGCAAUCGCUUGCAAGAUCUUCCAGAGAGCUUUGGAGGUCUGUCAAAGCUGCAACAGCUCCGAUUGGGGGGCAACCGGCUGCUGCGACUACCCGAGAGCUUUGGGCAGCUCAAGGCCUUGAGGCAACUGGCUUUGGAGGAGAACCUCCUGCAGACUUUGCCGUGCUCCUUUUCUCAGCUCAGCUGCCUGCAGGUCCUGAAUCUGGACAGCAACCGCUUCGCGGAGUUUCCAGAAUGCCUAGGUCUCAAAUGCCUGGAGAAGUUGUGGAUUGGCAACAAUGCUUUGCGCUCGUUUCCACAGACCGGACUGCAGAUGGAAGCCUUGAAGGAGUUGAGUGUGAAGAGCAACAAACUCCAGUCCUUGCCAGAGAGCUUGGGACUCUUGAGUUCUUUGGAGGUUUUAUACCUGCAGGACAACGGCUUGGACGUCCUGCCGGAAUCGUUGGCGGAGCUGACCAAAUUGCGCAUGCUGUGGCUGGAGGACAAUAAGUUGUCCAGCUUUCCUUCAACCUGUCUCCAGCGCGGCUCCUGCCCAGCCUUGCAGUUAGUCAAGCUGCGGCGAGCUGUGCGGUACAAUGUGGUUCAAGGACUCCUGGCAGAGCUGAAGCAGCCCUUGCUCCGAAAAGAUGCCAAUGCACGCUGUGCUGGUUUGGGAGGUUUGAUGUCCGGUGCAGCAGGUGCCGUGGUUGGCACCCGGCGGCACCACCAAAAGGAGGUGUGCGGCAGUGUGUCGCAGGGCAACUUGGAUCACAGCAUCAACCUAGCAGAUGCUCCCAUCAUCAAGGUAUAUCACCAGUCCGAGCCGUCCACGUGGAAAGAACUCCGGGUGCCUCGUGCCUUCCGCGCUGGUGUGGACGAUUCCUCAAAGGCCUGCACCUUGGAGGCCUUGCAACGGUGGUUGUCAAAGCAAUUGCAGGAUCAAGUGAAUGAUAUUGGAGUGGUCAUCGAGCAAAAGGAUGAAGAGGAUCCUCACAUCAUUUGGUUACAGGCCAAGGACAUCGAAGAAGGGGGUUCGCCCUUUCGAAACGAGCUUCGCGUCGUCGUUUGUUUUGAAGGUGAAGAGCCCAACAGCGAAGUGGUCAAGGCUUUGAGGAUCCCGCCGUCCAAGACCCGCGCGACCUCGGAAGGCUCAACAGCCAGUGCCAAAAGCAGGAAAAGCAGGUAUUGCGUGGUUCAGUAGCUUCCACCUUGGUGGGUAACCUCGCCUGCUGACCGCAGAGUUGGGAUUGGCCGCCCUGUGACGCCCUAAAGCCGCGACUAAGAUUCAGGAUCCCUGGGGUACUGUAAAC